AUGGGUCUUGCAGGUCCAAAGAACCGGUUCAAGAUCUCCAAAGACCCGAACAACACCACCUGGUCUCGCAAUACCGACCGCUUCGGUCAUCGCAUUCUGACGGCACAAGGCUGGAAACCCGGUUCACAUUUAGGCUCACAGACGUCUGAGCAUGCCGCGCAUCACACUGCAGCUUCCUUCUCGCACGUGCGGGUGCUUCUCAAAGAUGAUAACCUCGGACUGGGUGCGAAGCGGGGCAGCGAGCGGGCGGAAAACUUUGGUAUGGCAGGUUUCGACGACCUUCUAGCACGACUGAACGGCAAGAGCGAAGAGAAGAUACAGGAGGUAAAGAGCAAGCGGCGGGAUGCGGACAUGAAGGUCUUUGUGAGUCAGCGCUGGGGCACGAUGAUGUUUGUCAGUGGAGGGUUCCUGGUGGGCGAUCAGAUUGUCAAGAGCAAGGAUGGGAGGAUACCGAGUGGUGGUGGGCAGGUGGGAGAUGUCGUGGAUGCGAGCAAGCCAAGGAAGGAAUCGUCGAAGAAGAGGAAGCACAGCGAGGAGACGGCCCUUGAGACCAUUGAUGAGGAUCAGGAGCGAAAGCUGAAGCGCAAGAAGCGGAAGUCGAAUCUACGCGUCGAGCUUGAGCAGGUCACAAGCGAGCCCGAAGCAAAGACGGACAAGAAGAAGUCGAAAAAAACAAAAGACAGUCAAUCCGACGAGCGCUCGAAGAAGAGCAAAUCCAACAAGCGAAGACAGAGCCGCUCCUCCAGCGACUCGGAAUCCGACAGCUCCCGUAAACACAGCAAAUCCGAUCCUUCCACCAAACCCGCACAAGAAACCGAAUCUACCCUCAAAGCCGCCCGCAAAGCCGAGAAGGCAGCCCUCAAAGCCGCCGCGAAAGCCGACAAAGCAGCGCGCAAAGAAGCCAAGCGGCUCAAGAAAUCAAAAUCCACAUCCACGCUCCCUACGCCCGCGGACACCGCAUCGUCAUCCGCAUCGCCAGCUCCCGCGGUCGAAGGAACAGCGCCGGUCAGCAACGCUAUCCCAAACACUGCUCGACACGCCGCGCGGCGGAAAUACAUCAUGGCGAAGCGCUCUGCAAUCAUGGAUCCGCAGGCGCUGAAGGAGAUUUUCAUGAUCAAGGGCACGGGGUGA